AGGAAGGUUAUAGUGUGAAAUUGGUUGAAAAGGUGGGAUAUUUAAUGGGGAGAGAUGUGAGGGGCUUAAUUUUGGAGGCUUGUAUUGUUUUGGAGCUCUGGGAUGUUUUGGAGAGUUUGUUUGUUAAUAAGCUUGUUCUGCAUUCCUGUGUUUCUAAUUUGGUUAAUAAUUUGAUUGAAAAAAGGAGGUCUGAUUUGAUUGUGUUGUGCGUUAAGCACAUCGGUGACAUUCAGACUUACGAAAUUAUGUGUAUUUUGAAGUAUUUUCUGUGUCCCUCAAAGGAGGGGUAUGAGAGUAUGGUUAGUGUGAGGAAGGAUUGGGAGAGUCAAGCAUUGUUAGCUAUUGAAAAGGUUAGUGAUAAGAAUCUUACUGCGAAGAAAUUGAGUGUGGCAAGGGAUGCUUCUUUGUUGAUUAUGGUGGCAUAUGAUGGAUUCUCAGUAUCAGAAUUGUGCUUACAUUAUUUGCUAGCAUCAAAGAAUGUUGAUGAUGUGAUAUUGGCAUCUUGUAUUAGUAAGUUGAAUGGUUUGGAAAUGAUGAGUUUGAUUCAGUAUUUGAGCAAGUGGUUGAAGAAGUAUGAGAGGUUUCCUCAAGUGAGUCCUUGUCCAAAGGCAUCUUCAGUGUUGGGGCUGAAAGUUUGUGAAUGGAUUCCAAGUCUUCAAGACGUUGUCAGGUGUCUUGGUUUGGUUAUAGAUGAGCACUUUUCUUCUUUGGUUCUGCAUCCCGAGUUUCAUGAGGAGUUGAGAUCCUUAGGAGGACUGGCUAGUUCUUUAGCUGCAGAAGCAAGGCUCUGUGGUUCUCUGGCAAAUUUGACUGAGAGGUUGAGAACAGAUCAUAGAGGCUAAAAAACCGUAGAGGUGUGGAAUUGGUUGGUAGAUUGAGGAGUCUAUCUUGCUGCUAUAUAA